AUGGGGAAAGAUGAAAGUAAUUUACUGAGAAAUUGUGAAAUUGAGGUCUCUUCUGAUGAAGAUGGCUUGAAAGGAGCUUGGUUUAAAGCAAUCCUCGAAGACGAUCCAAAAAGGCGAAAGAAAAAGUUGAAUGUCCGCUACUCGACUUUGCAGGCCAACAAUGGCUCACCUCUUCUGGAAACAGCUUACCGGAAAUUUAUCCGGCCAGUCCCGCCGGAAAAUCUCUUCUCCACCGGCGAUUUUGAGGAAGGCUCAGUAGUGGAGGCUGCUCACAGAGACGGGUGGUGGACUGGUUUGUUUGUCAAGAAGCUAGAUGAUGACAAGCAUUUGGUUUUCUUCGACUCUCCGCCAGAUCUAAUCCAGUUCAAGAGAAAACAACUCAGACAACACUUUAAAUGGACAAAAGGGAAAUGGAUCAAAGUCAAACCACAGAACAAGGAAGUGAGUAACAAUUCUAGCUUUAGUUGUGGAACAAUGGUGGAAGUCAAGGUGAAAUGGAAUGGUGUUAUGUGGAUUCCGGCAAUAGUUGUUAAGGAGACGGAUAACGGUCGGACUUUUAUUGUCAAGUCUUGCAAGUACUUGAGCUGGAACGAUGAGACCAAACCGAACAGAACAGUUAGUUCGCGCAGCAUCAGGCCUGUACCGGAUCCGUUUUGUGUCGAAACGUAUGCGUUGAAUGAAGCUGUUGAAGUGUUUACUGAUCCAGGACCAGGAUGGCGUCUAGGGAGAGUGCAACGUAUUUUCUGGGGGAAAAAGUAUACUGUGAGGUUAGAUGCGACAAAUGAGUUGGUUGUGUUCCAACACUCGGAUCUAAGGCCUUCAGUGGAGUCAGUAUCUGAACGGUUCAUGCAAAUGCCUACCGAAGUAAACCCUGCCGUUUUCACUCCUCAAAGGUCUUUGAGUCCUGUGGAAAAUGGCGAAGCAGACAUUUCUGAGGACGAAACUGUAGCUACAAGUGAACCGUCGUUAGCUCAAGGAUCUGGAAAUGAGAUGGUUGAUGAUGUAAGAAAUGAUUCUGGCACAUCGGACAUAAAUGCAACACCGACAAAACAAACAGAGGACAUAGCUCAAGGAGAGAAGUCGUCCCAUGAGAAGACACUUGAGCCAAUGCCAAAUGAGAAUGGUUUGGGAGAUGAGUCAAGUGGUGAAAAGUCAGGGGAAGUGUCGUUAGCUCAAGAAUCUGGCGAUGAGAUGGUUGAUGAUGUAAUAAAUGAUUCUGGUGGUACACCGACGAAACAAACAGAGGACAAAGCUCAAGGAAAGACGUCUCACGAGAAGACACUAGAGCAAAUGUCAAAUGAGGAUGUUUUGGGAAAGGAUUCAACUAUGGAGAAGGAGAGUAUUGAAGAUAACAGUCGAAAGAGGAAAAGAGAAGAGAACCUUAGUGCUACUGCUAAUGUGGAGGAGGAAACCGGAGCAAAUGAUACAACAACAAUGGUUUUGCCUUUUGAGAAGAAGUUGCCGAUUUGGAAAAAAUUUGAAUCAAUGGAAGCAUUCAAAACAUUCCCACAAAGACCACAUUUCAGACCAUUGAUGGAGACUCAAGAAGAUUACCGUGAAAUGACUGCGGUUGGUAUGAUGUGUAACUAUGCUGCGUCACUAGAACAAGUCAAAAGUCUGCAACUUCUCACUCCAAUAAGCACAUUGGAAGGCCUCAAAGAUUCCUUUGCCUUCCUCGAGAAGAACGGGUUUGAUGUAGAAGAGCCUCAGUCUCGGAUCCAAAAGCUCUUGUCUCUCAAAGAUUGGCAAGCAAAGAAAAUGGAGGAACUCAAGGGUGUUGAGAAAGAGAUUGCAGAGAAAGAGAGCGAAAAUGAUGAGAUUGAACAGAAGAUUCUAGAGCUGCAAAGGAUGAAAGAGGAGGCGAACAAAGAGAUAGAUCAGAUGAAGUCACGCAAAGCAACGAUUGAACAAGAACUUGAAGAUGUGGAGCUUCAGUUUUAG